GCAAACAUGGCAAGACUCGCAAAGUUAAAGCUGACUUGUUCAAACAGAGCAAUACUGGCCAAACUUGAAGAACUUGGCGAGGACCAUGACAUUAAACUGAAGAAAGCUAAGGAAACAAUAACACAUGGAAACAAAACUAUGCAAGCAAAGGUUCGUACCUUGGAAGUUCUUAAAUCCAAUAAUAACGCUAAUGCAACAUGCGAUACAAGUUCUGAAAGUAUCCUGAGAUUAAAAAAUGAAAUUGGGGACCUAAAGAAGUCAUUCCACCCUGGAUUUGUCAUUGCAUUUGACAACAUUGACAUUCAGUGUAAAAGAAAGAACAUGACAUUAUCUGCACAAAACAGGGACUUUCACUGGGUUAACCACAAGAUGGUGAUUAACCGUAUAUCUGAUGGUGAACUUGAAGCGGAUGGGCCAAAGGCUGAUUUGCUAAAAGUUCCAAAUUUGAGGUUCAUUCCAAGUAUCACAGACCAUCAGCAACAGAGGGACAACUAUGUGGUGCUUGUAUCUCGCAUACUGGUCGAUUACUUUGAUGCAUUUGGACCCCUUAAGGAUAUUUGUAUUAAACAUAUUCCCCACAAGUAUCAUAAGGAAAUGUCACAAAAGUCAGAGAAGGUACGUUUAAUUGUGAUAAUUUAAUUGUUUUAAAUUGUACCAAAAUUAUACAAGGAAUUUCUCAAUAUAUAUUAGUAAUGGUGUGGCAUGGAGGUUAUUAGUGACCAAGAUGUAUCAAGUGCAAAGCUGGAGGAAAUUUAAGUACUUAACCUCCUGCUGCUUGAGCGACAUUAAUGUUGCCAUAUUAUCACUUGGAUUGUAAUGGUUACCACGACAAUAGGAGAAAAUAGAAAUGCCUCUAGCUGGCAAAUAUUAUGAAUUCGAAUAUAAUAUAUAUAUAUAUAUAUAUAUAUAUAUAUAUAUAUAUAUAUAUAUAUAUAUAUAUAGAGAAAGAGAGAGAGAGAGAUUAGGUUAUUUAAUAGGGCUUAGUUACCACCAUGAAAUAAAUUAUUUAUAGGUAGCUGUGAUACUGAUAUUCCUUCCUGAUGCCCAAUCAAGUAUAAGUGUUUUGUUACUAAUAUGUUUCUUUGUCUAACAUGUAGGUGCCCCUUGGAGUAAUAUUCAAGAAUGAAAAUGUAAAUGAGGAUAUGUUGCAUAUACUUAAGCAGUUCCAUUCCUACCUUCCGAGAACUAGCAAUGAUGGUUAUGACAGUCAACUGUUCGCAGGAGAUCAACUGACCGUUGAAAGGGCUAUUAAUGUCCAGGCAUCAGUAGCUAAUGGUUAUACUCAAGAAGAUAGGCUAGAGGGCAUUAACCUACAAAUUGGUGAUUGGCAUGCUUCUGUUAAGUUAUUAACUGUAAGUGUGAUUUUCAAAAACACUAAGUUAUUGAAUAGAAAAUAGUAGGGAACAGAAAAUUACUAUUUGCCAGAAGUAACUGAAUUAGUAAUUAGUAUAAUCUUACUAUUGCAAAUGAUCUAAUUUGAUUGGUUACUCUAUGUGACUACAAAAACAUAUAAAUUAUGAGUUAAAACAAACAACUGUGUUACUGCAACAACGGGAUGAACUAGUUAUUGCAUAGAAAGGGAGAGUUAUACAUGCAGAAAGCUUUUAUCUGAAUUCAUCAUUGAAGGAAAGAAUUAGAUAAUAUUGUGUAUUUGUGAAGUGUUCAAAAUGCCAAUUUCACAAUGGGAAAGAGAGUUCAAAGUACAGGAAAAAGAAAUUUGUUUUUUAAUCUUUUUAAAUUUUGGACAUCUAGAUUGCCCCCCCCCCCCGGCUCAGACAUCCUUUGUGAAUAGCCCCUUAAAAAACAGGCUUCUGGCUGUAAAUUAUUGAAUUAUUUUGUAGAAUAUUUUAUGUUCGAUAUCGGAUUCUACAAAAACAAUUAGAUUACUUGCUCUCAAUUUCUAAGAGGUGAUAGUUGAUUCGGGCUUUGCCCUAUCACCUCAUAGAAAUCUUGAGCUCGUAAUAUAUUUGUUCAAUAGAAUUUUUCAACCAUGAUGUCCUUUGUAGUCUUUCAGUCAGAUACUACAUGAAAUUUAAAAUUAAAUUGAAAAGUUUAAAAAACUAAGAUUUCCUGGUUAUGUUACUAUGUCAGUGACCUAAAUUCGCCUCCUACCAAUAUUUUGCAAAGUGUCCACCACUUUAACAUAAGUUACUAAUUUAGUUUAUUCCACCAAAGUUAACUGUUACAAUAAUUUUAUGCUUUUAGUUGAUUUACAACAAAUUCUUCAGUGCUAAGUCAGAUGGAGAAAGUUGCACCAUUUAUUCUGACCGCACUCUUAUUAAUCGGCGUAAUGUCACUGGUGACCCCAAAGCUACAUAUCGACCCAACAGGGAUUUCCUUCGUAUUAUUAUUGAAUCGAGGGUAAUUGUAGCAGCCUCAAAAGUUCUGGGUUUUGAGAGCAAAUCAGGAAUGCCAACCAAGUUUCCUAUACCUCCAAACUUGGAUACAGCAACAAAAAUACAAAAGCUCAAGUAUCUGAUGGAAGCUUCAGCAAAGAUUGUAGAUGCAUACAUUUUUGAAGAUAGCAGUGUAAAUCAGAUUGUUGAUGAUGUACUAACAGUACAAGAAAGAGAAAAUUUGGUGAAUACACAACAACUGACAAAGGAUGGAAGAUUUCCCUGUAGAUUUCAAGGAUGCACCAAAUCAUUUAGGUACAAUGGAAAGAGUAGAAGGAGUCACGAGAUGACACACGAUCCUCCUCCAGAUAUUCCAGAUCAGCUAUCUGUAUCAAGUUGUUCCAAUUCAAGACCAACCAUAGAAAAAGUAGAAGUGAAAGAUGAUGUAUUUAAUUACAACUGUGGACUAUUAACUGAUGGUUUUCUCUUCUUCAACUUCCUUGAUGCAAUAAGUGAGGGUGAUGGAAUGAGAAUCAUGAGACAGUAUAAAUACAUAAUGCUAUACUGCAAGGCAGAUGAAUCACAUAGCACAAAGUAUGCUCUGGAGUGUUUGUACCAGUUUUUCCUUGUAUAUGCAGUAUUAUCACCCAGAGACAGUGAACGCUUUAUUUGGAACAGAUCGGUCAGCAAUACUUGCCAAAAAGGUUCAAAUAUACCUUUGGAUCUUGACGUUGAGCAUAGUAACAAUUUUAUCAAACAGGGUAUUAAAAAUCUUGGCCCUAAUGUUACUGAACAUGCUAUUUCACGUAUCAGUCGUGCUGAGACUGCAACAACAAACAUUCUUGAUAAUUUGGAUGAAAAUAUUCAAAGGGUUUCAAGAUCAGGCAGACACACCCAAAGCUCUGAUGACAAAGACCUACAACAGCUUGUGAAGAAAGCAUUGGAAGUAGACAUAUUCACAGAGCAUGCACAGCGAUCAUACAAACAAUUUGCUGACAUCAAAAGAGACAGACUUGAAAAUUUUGAUACAUCCAAUUUGUUCAAAUGGAUAAACACACAUAAGAACAACCUUGUUCGUGGCAUAAGAGCUAGAUAA